ACCACCAUCCCGGGCGUCUUUUGAAACAAAUGAACGACGAGCUGCUGGUUUUGAACCGAGCCACCGCAAUUUUGGAAUGGCAAAGCGCGACGAGACCAUCGUCGCAGGUUUCAAGUCUGAACGCUGGGAUGUCACGGUUCAAAACCACCUGGCGAAACACCUGGUGUUCCAUGAUGGAAAACCUUGGGAGAAAGCCGGAUGUUCUUGGUUUCUCCGAGAAGAGGAUGAUUCGUCUACUCUGCAGGGGGCCGAAAUACACACCAUAUCAAGCCAGAGCAUUGACCAGCAUUUUCGAAAAGCUCUCAUCCAGCUACGCCAACGCUCUGGUCUGCAGAAACGAGGAAUACAACGAGCGGAAAUGUUAUCACGGAGAACCUGAACUCGAGAGGCUCGCUGCUACCUCAAGAAACGAAAGUGAACUUCGAUGGGCUUGGGUUUCCUGGAGGAACGAAAUGAGCAAAGUAAAAGGACUCUUCACCACCUCGGUCGCUCUGCAGAACCAGGGAGCCUGGAAUAACGGAUACCUCGAUAUUGGCGAGUGCUGGCGCGAGGAGUUGGAAAUUCCGGAUUUGGAGAACGUGGUGGAGGAUUUGUACGGGCAAAUAGAACCACUCUACGAGCUGCUCCACGCGGUUGCCAGGUUUCGAUUGGCUCAAAAAUACCCGGACAUCGUUGAUCCUCGAGGACCGAUACCAGCGCAUCUGCUAGGGAACAUGUGGGCUCAAAACUGGGAAUCUCUCGUUGAUAUUAUUUGGCCAAGUGCCAAAGACAACGGUGGCCUUACGGACGCUCUGAAGAGAAAGAAUGUCACUGUUACGGAGAUGGUGAAGCUUGCCGAGGACUUUUACGUAUCAAUGGGCCUCCCGCAGCUGACUUCCUCGUUUUGGGAGAACUCUGUUUUCGAGAGAGGAAACAGAUCGGAAAUAGCCUGUCACGGUACUGCCGCUAACAUGUAUCAAGACAAUGAUUAUAGAAUACUCAUCUGUGCUGAAGUUAACACCGAAGACUUUUACGUAAUUCAUCAUGAACUCGGCCACAUAUACUAUUAUAUGGCUUAUAAAGACCAGCCCGCUAUAUUUAUGGAUGGAGCCAAUUCAGCAUUUCACGAGGCAAUUGGCGAUGCCGUGAUGUACGGUGUCAUGACUCCGCAACAUUUGCACAGGCUUGGACUCAUUUCCGACUCGACUCCGGACGAUGAUUUGCCGUUUCUUUUAAAACAAGCUCUAUCCAAGGUGCCGCAGCUUCCGCACGGCCUAGUCAUUGAUAAAUGGCGAUGGAAAGUAUUCAGUGGUGAAAUAAAAUCGUCUGAGUACAACGAGGCUUGGUGGGCGAUAACGAGACGGUAUCAGGGAAUCGAGCCGCCUUCACCUCGCUCGGAUUUCUUUUUCGAUCCCGCAGCAAAGUUUCACGUUACCGACAACACACCCUACGUUAGAUAUUUUCUCGGCUACAUAUUGCAAGUGCAAAUUUUCAAAGGCAUGUGCGAGGCUGCGGUCACGGGUAAAGUUGGCGAUCCGAAUUUUGAUAUUCCUUUACACAGAUGCGAUAUUUACGGAUCAAAGAACGCUGGGAACAAGUUGAAACAUCUUAUGGAGCUCGGAAGCAGCGUGAAUUGGAAAUAUCCGCUCUACUUAGCGACUGGUGCUAAAAACUAUCGAGUCGAACCGUUUCUGGAAUACUAUGAACCAAUAUAUAGAUGGUUGAAGCUUCAAGUGAAAUAUUACGACAUUCCCGUUGGUUGGGAUAAAGCUAUUAACAAUGUGGCAUAGGUAACGGUAAUUCGAUUGACCAGUAAAGACAGGUAUAAUGCAAUUCGAAAAAGUAAUAACAUCAUAUACAGUUUGACACAGUGUCGUUAAUGAUGGUCAAAGCGAUAAUAAUCGUUAUUAUGACAAAGUGGGAUUAAAAUUUACAGUGACACAGUCAUAGAGUAGUUUAUAAAAUGAUAACUAUUAUAG